AUGCCGAUGCUCAAAGAUCCCUCCAAGAAAUAUAAGAGGUUUCCCCCUCUUCGACUCACCGAUAGACAAUGGCCGAACAAAACCAUCGACAAACCCCCGCGCUGGCUCUCGACCGAUUUGCGCGAUGGCAACCAGAGCUUAGUCGAUCCCAUGGACGGCGAGCAAAAAUGGCGAUACUUCAAAAUGCUGGUGGAGCUGGGCUACAAAGAAAUCGAGGUUUCCUUUCCCUCCGCCUCGCAGACUGACUUCGACUUCACACGCCGCCUCGUCGAGACGCCCGGUGCCGUCCCCGAUGAUGUCUGGCUCCAGGUCUUGUCUCCGUGCCGAGAGGAGCUCAUCAAGCGUACCGUCGAGUCCCUCAAGGGUGCCAAGAAGGCACUCCUCCAUAUCUACCUUGCGACGAGCGAGUGCUUCCAGCGGAUCGUGUUUGGGAUGUCAGAAGACGAAGGUCUGGCUUUGGCAGUCAAGUGCACGGAGUACGCGCGGUCCAUUACCAAGGAUGAUCCAGAGCAGGCUGGGACGGAGUGGGCCUUCGAGUUCUCGCCGGAGACGUUCUCGGAUUCCAGACCGGAGUACGUGAUUAAGGUCUGCGAGGCUGUCAAGCAAGCCUGGGGCCCCUCGAAAGAGGUGCCGAUCAUAUUCAACCUGCCCGCGACGGUGGAGAUGUCGACGCCGAAUGUGUAUGCCGAUCAGAUUGAGUAUUUCUGCAGGAAUAUGACAGAGAGGGAGAAGUUCUGUGUUAGCUUGCAUCCGCACAACGACCGUGGGUGUGCCGUCGCGGCUGCGGAGUUGGCGCAGAUGGCGGGCGCGGACAGAGUUGAGGGGUGUCUUUUUGGGAACGGAGAAAGGACGGGAAAUGUUGAUCUUGUUACAUUGGCCUUGAACCUCUACACGCAGGGUAUCCAUCCCAAUAUUGAUUUCUCGGAUCUCAACCGGGUUAUUGAUGUUGUGGAAGUCAGCAACAAGAUCCCGGUGCAUCCUCGAGCUCCGUAUGGUGGAUCUCUUGUUGUGUGUGCUUUCAGCGGCUCUCACCAAGAUGCUAUCAAAAAGGGCUUCCAGAUCCGGAAGAAGGAAGGUGCGGAUGAUGGAAGCCAUUGGCAGGUGCCAUACCUCCCACUAGAUCCUCAGGAUAUCGGCAGGACAUACGAAGCUGUCAUCCGUGUCAACUCUCAGAGUGGCAAGGGAGGAGCAGCCUGGAUCAUCCUCCGCAACCUCGAGCUUGAUCUCCCUCGUGGUCUACAAAUCUCCUUCAGCAAAAUCGUACAGAAACACGCAGACAGAGUCGGCAGAGAACUUCUCGCCAACGAGAUCCAAGACUUGUUCGAGCAGACAUACUUCCUCAAGCAAAACCCCAGAUUUAAACUUGUGGACUAUAGCAUUACGACAGACCGAUCAGCUUCUCCCGCUCCUCCGGUGCCGGGAAAGACGCAAGACACCACCUCGUCGAAGAGACGCUUCGAAGGUGUGAUUUCCGUCGACGGCCAGGAACAUCAGUUACAGGGGUCCGGAAAUGGGCCCAUCUCCAGCUUAGCUAACGCUCUCUCUUCUGUCGGUAUUGAUCUCGACGUUGCGGAUUACAAGGAGCAUGCUAUUGGGGGCGGGAAAGAUGUCAAGGCUGCCAGUUACAUUGAGUGUACGGCCGCUGGGUCGAAUCAGAAAGUUUGGGGCGUAGGUGUUGAUGAGGAUGUGGUGCAGAGUUCUUUGAUUGCUCUUUUGAGCGCCGCUAGCAACUUCGUAACAUCAAGACCAAACACGCCUCUCUUGUUGAAAGGGAAGCACGGGCCGACCUUGGGCCAAGACCUCGACAUCGACAUCAAUGGCAGCCCGAGGGGCAGGGAGAACCAAGCUCUCGCGAUACCCAAGCCCAACGGCACUCCACGAAGCGGAUCGGACGCAGUGCAUCUUCUGGAAGAAAAGGUGAACGGACUUGUGAAGUGA